CCUUAUUUCUUGUACGGUAUACUGACUAUUCAGUUUCAGAACUCACAUGAUAGGGAUCAGGGACUUUCCAGUCUUCACAUUUCUUAACUAAGCCCUAAGUCGAACUCUAAAUGCGGUACCAUUUCUCUUUUUGUUUUCUUCUUGGGUAAGAAUUCAAUACCAUUUCGGUUACCAAAAAGGAGAACAAAAAUGGCGGUUACAUCUAAAGUUGUUGACUCAGAACGUGAAACUGAUGUUGUUUUUGAUGCUGGAAAUGGGAGCCCUCAGGAGUUAAUUUCAUAUUUAAAGUUCAGUUUCCGCGAUUCAGACUUCGCUAAAGUUGAGUCGAUUUUGACGGCAAGAGAAGCCAAACUGAGGCUUGAAAUCGAAACUACACAACUAGCCAAUGAGUGGCUAAGUAAAAGACUUGAGCCGGAAGACAGGGAAAAAUACGGAGUUCAGGAGAAGUCGUUGGAGCUACAAAAAUUAAAUUUUGAACUUACUCAGGAGAAAAAUAUGGUUUAUGAGAAACUGAGAAAGGCUGAGACUGAAGCAGAGAGUUGGAAGAACAAAUAUCUGGAGUUGGAGUCUCGGAUUUCGAAUUUGGAGGCGGAUUCGAAGUUGUUACUAAAUGUGGACUGCUCAGAGCUUAAUGUUGGGGUUUCUGGAGAAAAUACCAAAGAUGUUAAAUUGGAACGAGAAGCAAAUGUCGAUCGUGAUUGUAAUGGUGGCCAGGGACCUCCAUCUAGAAGAGUUGUUGAGAUCAUUGAUAGUGAUGAUGAUUGUGCUACAGGAAAAAGCUCCGGAAAAAUUGAAAUGAUUCCAAAUAGUGUUCAUUCAGGUCAGACAGGUGUGCAAAGUGGGACAGGAAAGCUCAAAAGAAAGCUAGAUGCUUGUCUGAGUGCACAUGAGAACAAGAUUGAUAAUAAUUUUGAUGAUGUUGAGGCAAACAAUUCUGCAACUGCUGAUUGCAAUAAAGAGAAGCAUCAGAAGUUGACUCAUGGCCAUCAUGGUUCAGGUCAGACAGGUUUGCAAAGUGAGACAGGAAUGCUCAAAAGCAAGCUAAACGCCUGUCUGAAUGUAAGUAAGAACAAGAUGGAUAAUAAUGUUGAUGAUGUUGAGCUAAACAAUUCUGCAACUGCUGAUUGCAAAACAGAGAAUUUUCAGAUGUUGACUCAUGAGCAUGUUGGUUCUCCUGUUAGACGUUGCUCAUCUACUGCUAUUCCUCCUAGUAGUAACAAUGUGGAGAAGUUUUGCACCCCAUCAAGUCAGGGGCCAGUCAUUUUGGGGCAAUGUGAACAGAAGAUGGAGCAGGAACAUACUUCACAAAAUCUUAAGAGAGAUUUUCUUUCUGGUUUUCACACUGCAUAUGACAUAGAGGACAGUUCUAGCUCAAGUUCAUCUGACUCAGAUGAUGAUUGGGAUUUCGGUUUUGACUUUUCUCAGCUGAUUGGGACUCAAAAUGAUAAAAAUUGGAAGUCUGAAGCUGACAUGCUUGCUGCAUUUGUGAAAGAUAAUAAAUUGUAUCUGCAGGCUGUUUGUGCUCUCUAUAGGCAGCAAACAUCUUUGGGGAAAGCACCUGUGAAUUCUUCAUCCACCAACAAUCAAGGUUUUAGUCAUUCAAAUGCACUCAGGGGUACUGCUUUGGCUGAGUUUCUCAUAGACGGAGAUCUGCAAGGGAGGCUGAAGAAAUCUAUCCCAGAGUUGCAGCAGUAUGACAAAAACGGUCUUGAUGAUUGCAAAAAGCUAGCCAUUGAGCACUCUAAACAGUUAUUUGAGAUAUACCAGAGAAAAGAGGAUCCUCUAUUCUUCUCUUAAGUUGGGUAGACAACCUUCUUAUGAUCAGAAGUUAUCCUUAAGCCGCAGACGGUUUAAAAUGUCAAAGAGGAUAGGAUCUUUUUGGAUGUUUAUACCACACUAUUCUGACAUUCACCCCGCAACAGCUGUAGGUUUAAAUAAACAUACUAAAUUACUAAUUUGUCUGCUUCUGCUAAGUCUGGCCAGGACAUUGAUAUUCUUCCUGCCUGUUAAUGUUGUUGUAUAUAGACAUUUCUGAGAUUCCCUUAGCUCUUCCCUAUUCAAGAGUAGUGGUUAGGGAGAGAUGUAAGAGGGAUUCCAUACAAAGUACAUGUAGGAUUUGAUUUGAAUUAUUCAAGUUUGGAUCAUUGUUUGGUUUGAACAAGUUGAAUUUGAGUUUGAAGGAAUUUCAGUUA